CUAUUAUAUCUCACACCUCAAAGCAUUGUAUUCAUCUUAAUAUCCUCUUUUUUAUUGCUUCUUUCUUCAAGGGAAAUUAAUUUGACAUUAUGGGUGUCAAUACCUAUACUCAUGAGGCCACAGCCGCAAUUGCCCCUAUUAGGCUAUUCAAAGCUUUGGUUGUUGAUGCUGAUAAUAUUAUCCCUAAAUUGAUGUCAGAUGUUAAGAACGUUGAGACUGUUGAGGGAGAUGGUGGUGUAGGAAGCAUCAAGAAGAUGAACUUUGUUGAAGGUGGACCGAUAAAGUAUUUGAAGCACAAGAUUCAUGUGACUGAUGACAAGAACUUGGUAAGUAAAUAUUCACUUAUCGAAGGUGAUGUUCUUGGAGACAAAUUGGAAUCAGUUACCUAUGAGAACAAAUUUGAGGCUUCUGGAAAUGGAGGCUGUGUUUGCAAGACCACAACUGAAUAUCACACAAAAGGUGAUUAUGUUUUAACAGAAGAAGAACACAAUGCAGGCAAAGAGAAAGCUAUGGACCUUUUUAAGGCUGUUGAAGCAUACCUUCUUGCCAAUCCUACAGUUUAUGCCUAAAUGGUUAUGGAGUUUUAACUUAUCAAACUCUUUUGAGAGUUUAAUUCUAAGGUGUUCUCUCAUAUUGGCUUGAAGUACCUGAGUUUUCACUAUAUAUAUAUAUAUAUAUAUCAUACUGUUUUGAGUGUGUGUUCUUUCCACUUGUAUGUCAUGGAAAGAACUUUCAAUAAAGAAUAUUGCAAGCUUUACUUUUCAAAUGCUUGUACUAAACCUCAAAUGUCUUGUUCAAUAUAUGUACUCCGUGAUACUCGACAAUUCCUCAGUUUUCAUAA